AUGGGUUCAAACUCGAAGUUUCGUAAAGCAUGCAUUGAAUGCAAUACUUUUCGCAUUCUUUCUUCCGUUUCAACAAGAGAUGCUGUAAAAACCAGCGUUUUGUCACACAGAUGGUUCAAUGUGUGGGCUUCUGUUCCCGAUCUAAGCCUAACUCAGACUUCUCCGGAAGAAUUUUCCCGUUUCGCUGGGCGUAAUGUUGCUGAGCUCGAACUUGAUCACUUCGUAGACUUGACGCCAAAUACAUAUCAGGGUUAUCAGUUGCCAAGAAGGCUUUUGUUGUGCAACACUUUGGUGGUUUUAAAGCUGACUUUGCAUUGUAACGAUAUUACCGUUACUCCUAGCUCAGGCUGUUUUCCAAGUCUCAAGUUUCUCCAUGCUACUGUGCGUUAUCUCGUUGGUGACUUAAUGGAGAAGCUCUUUUCUUGUUGCCCUGUACUUGAAGAUUUGAUUAUCGAUGGAGAUCUUGAAGAAGAUUCAAUUUUGAAUUUUAAUGUCUCUGCACCUAAUCUAAAACGACUACGAAUAAGCUUGCACAUUGAUCCAUUCCCUUUUGAUGGAGAUGAUAUUUACAGAAUGGGAGAUUAUUACUGCAAGAUUCUUAACGUUAAUGCUCCAAAUCUUGAAGAGUUCAACCUCCUCGAGAACUUUCUGGCAAGCUAUUCCUUUAACCAUGCAAAUUCGCUAAGCAAAGCGAAGAUUGAUUUGGGAGACCUGCAUGUGUUCAACAACCUUGACUUUGUGCACAAGUCUGCUGAUCGUAUUUAUAGUCUUUUUGUAGCAAUUAUCAAUGUUACACAUUUAUCACUUUCAGCUCCAGUUUUUGGGAACAUCAAAUGCUCUCUGCAUCUCUACGAGCCUAUCUUUGUACAUGAAUGGUGUCCAACGGAGCUUGUACCUAUUUGUCUGUCAUCACGAGUCAAGACGAUUUGCAUAAGGGGACUCCAUGGGCAGCCAGAUGAGAUGGAGGUGACAAAGUACUUACUAAAGCACGGUAAGGAGGAGAGAUGA